AGUGAAGAGAAGAAUGGAACAAGAGAAAGCAGAUAUUGAACAUGAGAGAGCCAAACAACUGGAAGAAAUGGAGGAAAACAUCAACAAGGAGCGCAAGGAGAGAAAGAAAGAACAGGAAAUGAGAGAAGAAGAAGACAGGAAGAAGAGAAGGCAGGAAGAACUUCAACAACAGGAGUGGGAGCAAACACUUGGAGCUCUUAAGUCAGAAUCAGAAGAAAAGUUGGAGCAGAGUAGAGAAGAGAUGAGAAGGAAACGAGAGGACUGGGAAAAGGAAAGAGAUGAAUGGUGGGACAAACGAAAUCAAGAAAAUGAACAGAAACGACAUGAGGAGCAAACAAGACUUAAAAAACUCCAAGAAGAAUAUGAGCAGGAAAGAGAAAAAUAUGAAAAUAAAAUAAAAGAAGAAGAUCGAAACAGAAGAGAACAGGAGGAAAAGGAGAGAAAAGAAUUGGAGGAAAACUAUAAGAAACAACUGGAGGACAUGAAGAAGAAAUAUGAAGAGGAGGCCAGAAAACAGGCUGAAGAGUUCAAUGAGUUCAGACAGAAAUACACCAAGGACUUCACAGCGUUGGUGGAGAAGCACAUGGAGGAAAUACAGGACAUGAAGCAAAGGCAUGAGAGACAGAUGCAAGAGUCAGCAGUGAGACAUGGUCAACAGUACAAUCUGUUAAAAGACCUCUCAAGUUACAAAGAAGAAACACUGAAAAAAGAAACGGAGAACAUGAAGAAACAGCAUGAAGAGGAAAUUAGAAAGUUGAAAGAAGAAUACAAAAGUAAAUGUAUCAUCCUUUGA